AUGGCAACACCAGGCCUUCAACGCUCGGUAACCGACGAGAAACACGAACAAGUGCAGCGCGAAUACCUUGCGCAAGAUGAAACUCCGGAGAUCAUCGAGAACAAGAAGAAAGAAGAUGCGUUGCGGCGGAAGCUGGACUGCUUCGUUGCGCCAGUCAUGAUGAUGCUGAUGCUCAUCAGCUAUCUGGAUCGUGGUAACAUUGGAUUCGCUGCAACGCAGGGUAUGACGACGGAUAUUGGACUUAAGGGCAGCGAGCUGAAUACGGCUGUAUCGGUAUUCUAUAUCUUCUAUAUUCUCGCUGAAUUUCCAACGUCGUUGCUAGUUAAGCGUCUCCAAUUCAACAGAGUGAUCCCAACGAUCACUUUCUGCUGGGGUAUCACAUGUCUUUGCACGGGCUUCGUCCAAAAUUUCGCCGGCCUAGUUGUUACACGUAUCUUCCUUGGUUUUUUCGAAGGAUGCCUGUUCCCAGCCAUGACACUUUUCUUGUGUAACUGGUAUACUAGAGAAGAGCUGGGUAUCCGUAUCGCGUAUUUGUUCAUCGCGUCAGCGUUAUCGGGAGCAUUUGGUGGCCUCAUCGCAUUCGGCAUUCUGUACAUGAACGGAGUUGCUGGGUGGUCGGGAUGGAGAUGGCUGUAUGUUAUCGAGGGUAUCAUCACCGUGAUUUGGGCAGUCUGUUGCAUCUUUCUCGUCCCCAAAUCUUUCGAGACAGCCUACUUCCUCAACGACGACGAGAAGGCUCUCAUGCGCCAGCGCGCACAUCGAACACAGGCCUACUCCGACUCUGAGGGCUCUGGUCAUUACGGGAAAGCUGACAUCAAAGAAGCAGCGAGAGACAUUAAGAGUUGGGUGCAUGGUAUCAUCCAGAUUGCAGUUGUAACGAUUUUAUACGGCUUCGGCACCUUUUUGCCUAUCAUCAUCAGGAAUGGAUUCAACUUCUCCACCAAACAGGCGCAAUACCUCGUUAUUCCCGUGAACAUCUGGGGCGCUAUCGUCUACGCAAUCGGCGCAUACUUAUCCGACCGGUAUCAAACGCGUUUCCUACCUCUGAUCCUCAUGGCACCCGUAGGCAUCGCCGGCUACGCCAUCCUCCUCUCUCCAGUGAGCCCAUACGUCCAAUACUUCGCCACCUACCUCAUCGCAACAGCCUGCUUCCUCUGCACCGGCGGAAACAUCACCUGGCUAUCUGCGAAUUGCGCACCCGAUGGCAAACGUGCCGCUUCUCUAGGCAUCUUGCUCACACUCACCAAUAUCGGUGGUGUGGUGUCAGGUCAGAUUUACCAGAGCAAUGCAGCACCGAAAUAUACCUUGGGCCAUGCGUGGAGUCUGGGCUGUUUGGCUUUUGCAUGGUGCGGCUGGUGGAUUGUUCGGGCGAUGUAUAGGAGGAGAGAGAAGAGGAAGGAUGUUAAGCUUGCUCAAGGGUAUACUAUGCCUGCUGGAAAGCAGUAUACGGAUCGCGAACCGGAUUUCAGGUAUCAGAUAUAGAUGUGCAGUCAUUCGAGGCACACCAAGCAUCUACAAAUGUUGCAUGAAUAGAGUUCCGGCUGGAGGAUGUCGC